AUGGACUCCAUGUUCGAGGACGACAUCAGCAUCCUGACGCAGGAGGCGCUGGGGCCGGACGAGGACUGGCUCGACAGCCCCAACACUGACCUCUCGGGCGAGAUGUGCUCGGCCUCCCACUUCGCCCUCAUCACCGCCUACGACGACAUCAAGAACCGUCUGACAGGGCUGGAGAGGGAGAACUCCACGCUCAAGCGCCGGCUCAAGAUGUACGAGGUCAAGUACCCGCUGAUCGGUGAGUUUGGGGAGGAGCACAUCUUCUCCCUCUACGAGGCCAAGGAGACGUCGCUGCUCAAGAGUGAGAAGGCGUCGCUGCAGCAGCAGCUCAACCAGUUCCAGCACGAGCUGCAGAAGAGCAAAGAGCGGGAGGAGCAGCUGGAGGAGAUGAUCCAGGCCUACGAGAAGCUGUGCGUGGAGAAGGCUGACCUGGAGACCGAGCUCGGAGAGAUGGUGGGUGCCGGCGGAGGGGUGGGGCCCCCCCCCCCCCCCCCCAGCCCGGGGGGGGGGGCCAUCCGUUGUGCCUCCUUCUGCGCUGGCUUCCCCAUCCCCGAUGCCGACGCCGCGCACCGGACGGCCGCUGCCUACGCCCGGGCAGAGCACGCCCAGUCCUGGCCCUCGAUCAACCUGCUGCUGGAGACGGUGGAUUCGGAGGUGCGGAGCUGCCCGCUGUGCCAGCUGGCCUUCCCCAUCGGCUACCCGGACGAUGCCCUGGUGAAGCACAUCGACUCGCACCUGGAGAACAGCAAGAUCUGA